UAUGCCCACAACCGUCUUGACGACAACGAUCUCGAUCAGUCUUGCUGCUUUGAAAAUAGUCCGCCGGCCACUCGGGCCUGCAGGCCAUGGCCAGAGAACCUACCUCGGUUUCCCCUUUAUUUGAGCAGAGAAUGCGCAUCAACUCGAGUCGCACUGUAUCCCCAACGCCUAAUACCAGACCGACGACACCUACCACCAACAACCACAACAACCACAAUACGGCAUCCAAAUCUGCUCUGCUAGAAUCGAGUCAGGCUACAGGCUCCGAUCGACCAUCAUCGACGGAAGCGCAACCCUCGUCUGCGUCUGCUCUUCCGGCCAACUCUGCCGUACUGACGCUGAAUCCGAAUUCGAUGGCCAUGGUCGUAAACGGGGUAUCCAAACCCGCCAAGAACGAAAAGCUGUGCCGGAAUGUACUAAUAUACGGAUCUUGCCGUUUCGAAGACAAGGGUUGCAUCUACUCUCACGGCAACGUGCCCGGACCAUCAUCAUCCAAGGGGUCUCAAAGCCCCACAGGGACUUCUAGUUCCUCCGGAGGUCGCCCUAGAGGACCUCUCGCAGCUGCAGCAUUCGGUACUUCCGCUACCGCCCAACCGUUCAACCCGAACCCCUCUCGGCCGCUGCCCGUUUCGAUGAGCUCGGCUGGAUCUCUCAACAACGUGUCCCCGAUGACAUCUCCAUCGCGAAUGUCGGCUUCCGUGUCUGCACCCGUCUUCAGACCGGCAGGCAAUGCGGCUCCUAGCACGGCCCCGUCGACGCCCAGCAAGAUGAACGCUGUAGGCAGCAGUAUCAGUACCGAGCACCUCAAGGCUGCGACGUUCGUGCCUCGGGCGGGAGGUUCCAUGACUCCAAAUGCUACGCAGAGCUCUAUCUAUCAGCCAACAGAAGAUGAUUCAACACCUACCACGCGGGCAGACGUGGGGGGUUACGUUUCGGGAGCGAUGAUGAACAUGAAUGGUGCUGUUCCCGGCGGGACCAGCUCGCAAGGGAUGAAUAUGGAGCAGAAAGACAACUUUUACCCUACGGACACCAGGGUUCUUGAUCAUCAUCUAUAUUCAACACCUUUGCCUCACACCGCCAACUUGCCCGCAUCGCAUCUCCCCCUGCACAACUUCUUCCUGCCAGCGGAUUUGCUGGCCUUCAUUCAUGGUCGGGCGGAAGCCAAGCUGGCGUCCCGAUCAGCAGACGGGUCAUUACCAUCGGAACUUCACGUAUAUCACUCGCUUCAUACCCUCAUGGCGGAAGCUACCCCUCAGGAAAGGAGCAUGCGGGUAUUCGGGUACAUAACGGAUGCCUAUCGAGCCCGUUGUCGGCUCGAUGGUCGACUAUACUGCUUGCGACGCGUCGAAGGUUUCAAAUUGGGCAAAGAGACGGCCUUUAGUGUCCUGGACAAAUGGCGCCGAAUACGGCAUCCCAAUAUCGUUUCUGUGAGAGAGGCAUUCACAACAAGGCUGUUCAACGACAGCUCCGUCAUUUUUGCCUACGACUAUCACCCACGGUCGAGGACCCUAUACGAGGCUCAUUUGGGUAAUCAGAUCGAGAUGAUCACACAGGCGAACGGAACUAUAACACCAGCGCCCAAGGCUCCGACUGGUAUACCUGAACGCGUACUGUGGAGCUAUAUCGCUCAGAUCGCCAACGGACUCAAGGCCAUACAUACCGCUGGUCUGGCUUGUCGCACAAUCGAGCCCACCAAGAUCAUCCUGACAGGCAGGAACAGAAUCCGACUGAACUGUUGUUCAAUCUUUGAUGUUACGACUUUCGACUCGCCAUCAGCCAACUUGCAUUACCAGCAGCAGGACGAUCUGCUCAACUUCGGGAAAUUGCUCGUCUCGUUGUGCUGCGGCACGACCGGUGCUGUGCACGCCCUGGCCGCAUCGCUUGAGGCGAUUCAGACCGCUUAUUCGCCCGACGUCAAGCUCGUCAUCCUCUACUUGCUCGGAAAGCCUGGGCCAGGAAAGAGCAUCGACGAUAUUCUGGUCAUGCUCGGACCGCGGCUAUUAAAUGAAUUCGAUGCCAUGCAAAACUACGCCGACAGUCUCGAGUCUGGACUCGAGGCCGAAGUGGAGAAUGGACGUGUAGCGCGGAUGUUGAUCAAGCUUGGCUUUAUCAACGAACGACCAGAGUUCCAGCAGGAUCCUAGGUGGUCGGAGACAGGAGACCGCUAUGUUCUCAAGCUGUUCCGCGACUAUGUGUUCCACUCUGUGGACGAGGUUGGCAAUCCGGUCCUGGAUCUGACUCAUGUGCUUCUGGCGCUGAACAAGACCGAUGCGAGCCUAGAUGAAAAGAUCAUGUUGGUCGCCCGGGACGAGCAGAGCUGCCUGGUGGUCUCGUACAGGGAGAUUCGCAAUUCCAUAGAAAAGGCAUACAUGGAGCUGAUGCAACAAUCUUCCGGGAUGCGAUGAGUGGGUCGAGGGGGUAAGGGGUAGCAGCGCAUGAUCCUCUACGUUGAGAGGAGGUCUUUUGUAUCUUGUUGGUAUCGAACGUGAAGAUAGUGUCGGAUGAAAUGUAGAUGAACACGA